GUUCAUUUCCGGAAUUCGGAAAUUCACCCUAACAACCGAGGAAGCCUUUCGUUCGUCGUCUAGAUCUAGUUUUCAAUGGAAUGCAUUUAAAGAUGGAAAACAUGCGUUAUUUGUAUGAUUGAUGUAUCAUUCACUGGAUGCUAACAUGUCUCAAGUAAAUGGACACAGUCCAAUACACAAUGGAACCAGGAUGAAUCAAAGGAGCCCUGGACGUGGUCCCAAGAGUCCUACCCUUAAUGGAGCACACACAGAGACUGGCGGCUCACACCUGGUCAAUGGUAAGCCUCGUCUACCACCCAUCAAUACACCAGCAAGUAUCUUAUCCAGCAGAAACUCCAGGGAUUAUAGCAAGAGCAAGUUAAUGACUCACAGGAGAUCUAAGGAGAUGCAGGGACUGUUGAUGGAGAAGAUCUACCAGAAAGCAGAGCAGAUCAGAGAGGAUGUGGAGGAAAAAGCCAGGAAAAGACCCCCUUCUGCAAAUGAUCCAGAUUACCCAACAACGAUGAUGAGUAAAGAUCGUCAGACAAGGCAAAAUUACCAAUAUAUGAAGCAAUGUGUGGAGAGUGGUCCUAUCCCAGUCAUGGAAGAGCAACGGUAUACCAAUAUCCUAAGUUUGGUACCUUCCCAUCUUCAAGGGUCUAAGUACAUGCAAGAAACCAUUCAAGAAUUAUUUGAGGAGGUACAGGGUGACUUCCAUAGUAGCAUGAUGAAAUCAAUGACACAACAUGUAUUGGUUAAACCAAAUGUGAAAGGACUUGAGAAAGACACAACCGGUGAACCACCAGCAGAACCAGUUGGUCUUGAUUACUCCAGUCCUUGGCACAAUGAUUAUUUGGAUGCAGUAGAAGCGAUGCAAUGCAAUCUCCACAUCACCCAUCCUUCCAUGCAGAUUGUGCUGGGAAUGUGUCAGACAAGCCUUGGGAAGCUCUUACUGGUUGAUCUCAAAGGUCAGAGGGCUCAAGGACCUGUAGAAUGUGAACAUCUGAAAAACAAUGUUAUCCUCGAGUGUGAGAAGAUGGAAGAGAGACUGAUGCACAGCUGGUGGCCAGAAGUGCUUAAUGUGUUUAUGGAUAGAAAAAGACUGUCAGAUGUUUCUCCUGAGAAACUAGAAUCAUUCUACUGCAGUGUCUCUACUCUCAUAUCAAAUCAGUUGAAGCAGCUGAUUGUACGAUCUAUUGAAGCAUGGGUGGAACUGUUUGAUAUGGAUGAUAAGCAGCACCUACCUAUCUUUAAAAUGGAACUGACCUACGACAAUGACAAGAUGGAGUUCUACCCAUACUACUCAGAUCUUGAAGAAUGCCUCCUCUUUGUAGUUCUUCAGCUGACCAAGACAAUGCAGAGUGUUCCUACUGUCCAAUCUUGGCUCUCUGGUACCAAUGAGCUCAGUAGCAUUGAUGUCAUGGUGGCUGAGCAUGUUGUUAAAUUAGCUAGAAGUAAACUAAAGGAAGCCUGCAAGCUGAACUUUGAAAAGCCUAGUGCUCACCUGGAUUCAUAUAUGGAGAAAUAUGAACACUUGUGCAAUGGAGAAGCUCAGGGCAAAGUCAAUCAAUUCCUUGAAGAUGAACACACAUUUGAAGAGUACUGCAAGUACAUUGAGGAAUUCCGUAACUUGGCUAAAGAGAUUAUGAGUCUUGAUAGCAUCGUUCACUUUGACAUGGUCCGUCUAGAUUGUGAGGAUCUCAAGAGAGGUUUGGCUGAGAAAUCUAGGGGUUAUGCAAACACACUACUAGACAGAGUAGCAUCAGACCACAGACAGGAGAAUGAAAGCAUCUGCAAGGAGUUUGAGACAAUCAAAGAGCGUGCACUGAAGACACCUGAGAGCUCAGAAGAGAUGAUGGAGAUGAUUUCAUACAUUGAAAAGGCUCGUAUUGAAGGAAUCAAGGGACUAAAGGAGCGCAUUGAAGACAGCAGACGAAAGAUGAAUUUCCUCCUCGAUAUCUACCUAUUCCAGCUUGAUCAUAUUGAACUCAACAAAACAGUGCUCAUGUGGCCAAGCAAUAUUCAGCCUAUCUUUGAUGACAAUGAAGAGUUGGUUGAGAAAUCCAAGAGGAAGGGAGAAAGUGAACUCUUGGAGAAACGAGAGAAGCUCAUGAUUGAGCUGGAGAAGAUUCGCAAGAGAGUAGCAGAGUUUGCAGAGUAUGGAGAAUUAGACAUGAUGGUCCAAUAUGUAAAUGAUGUUAGAGCUGUUCAGAAGAGAUUAGUAGAUGCACAGGAUACUAUCAACUUCAUCAACAAGGAGGAGAAACUGUUCAAGUGGGACGGGACCGAUUAUCCUGAAGUUGAUCUCAUAACCACUGCCAUUGAACCAUAUCAGAGGCUUUUUAGUCUUGUUGUCAAGUGGCAGAGAGCAGAAAAGAAAUGGAUGGAUGGUGCUUUCCUAGAACUCAACUCGGAGUCGAUUGAAGGAGAAGCCGAUGAAUACUGGAGAGAUAUCUACAAGAUAACCAAAGGAUUUGUCAAUGCCAAGAAAAAAGAAGAGGCAGAGAAGGAGAAGAAUGCACCACCAAAGAGAAAGAAAAGAGAUGAUGCACCAGCAGAGGAAGAAGCUAAACCAGCUGAAGAGGAGACGGGAUGGGCGGCCAUUAAGGUCUGCAAUACAGUACAGGAACAGAUCAAAGAAUUCAAGGAAUUUAUUCCCACAAUUGCUAUCCUGUGCAACCCUGGUAUUAGAACCCGUCACUGGUCAAAGAUGUCUGAUAUUGCUGGUUUUGACCUAACCCCUGAUUCUGGAAGUACUCUACGUAAGGUUCUUAAACUCAACUUGGGUACUUACAUGGAGCAGUUUGAAUCGAUCAGUGCAGCAGCUACAAAGGAAUACUCAUUGGAGAAAGCCAUGGGUCGUAUGCUUGAGGAUUGGGAAUCUGUGUUUUUUGGCCUGACUGCAUACAGAGAUACAGGAGUCAAGAUCCUAGCUUCUGUAGAUGAAAUCCAGACCAUGCUGGAUGAUCAGAUUGUAAAAACCCAGACAAUGAGAGGUUCUCCUUUCAUCAAGCCAUUUGAAAAGGAAAUAAAGGUUUGGGAAGAGAGACUACUUCACAUCCAGGAAACCAUUGAUGAAUGGUUGAAGGUACAAGCUCAAUGGCUCUACUUAGAACCCAUCUUUAGUUCAGAAGAUAUCAUGCAACAAAUGCCUGAGGAAGGUAGACUCUUCCAGACGGUGGAUCGUCACUGGAAGGAAAUCAUGAAACACACAUCCAAGGACCCAAAGGUGUUGGCUGCUACAUCUCUGACAGGAAUCUUAGAGAAGCUCCAGGAUAGCAACAACUUGCUGGAUCGUAUCCUUAAAGGGCUCAAUGCCUAUCUGGAGAAAAAGAGGCUCUUCUUCCCAAGAUUCUUUUUCCUGUCUAAUGAUGAGAUGUUGGAGAUUCUGUCUGAGACAAAGGAUCCACUGCGUGUCCAACCCCAUCUCAAGAAGUGCUUUGAAGGCAUUUCUAAGUUAGACUUUGAUGCUGCACUGGACAUUCAUGCUAUGUUUAGUAGUGAAGGGGAGAAGGUCAAGCUAAGUGAUGUGAUUUCAACAUCAGAAGCCAGAGGUGCUGUUGAGAAAUGGCUAUUACAGGUUCAAGAUGUCAUGCUCAGGAGUGUCAGGGAUGUUGUUGAAAAUGCUCAUGGGGCAUAUGCUGUGGAGCCAAGAGCGAAUUGGGUUCAAGAAUGGCCUGGUCAGGUGGUCAUCUGCGUCUCACAGAUCUAUUGGACAGAAGAAGUUCAUGAAGCUAUACGAGGUGGCCCUCAGGGUUUGAGGGAGUAUCAUGAGAAGCUGGAGUCUCAACUUCAAGAAAUUGUAGCUCUUGUACGUGGCAAGCUUUCCAAGCAAACUCGUACAACAUUAGGAGCUCUGACUACCAUUGAUGUGCAUGCUAGGGACGUAGUGGAAGACAUGGCAAAUCAAGGUGUAAGUGAGGAGAGUGACUUUAACUGGUUAGCUCAGCUGAGAUACUACUGGGAGGACAGUAAUACUCUUGUUCGUAUCACAAAUGCUACUGUCAAGUAUGCUAAUGAGUAUCUUGGAAACUCUGGAAGGUUGGUGAUCACCCCUCUCACUGAUCGUUGCUACCGUACCCUAGUCGGUGCUUUCCAUCUUAACCUUGGUGGAGCUCCAGAAGGUCCAGCUGGUACUGGAAAGACUGAGACCACAAAGGAUUUAGCCAAAGCCCUAGCUGUGCAGUGUGUCGUUUUCAACUGUUCUGAUGGUCUGGAUUACCUAGCUAUGAGCAAGUUCUUCAAGGGGCUUGCUAGCUCUGGUGCCUGGGCAUGUUUUGAUGAGUUCAACCGUAUAGAGCUUGAGGUGUUGUCGGUGGUAGCUCAACAGAUCCUUUGCAUACAAAGAGCUGUACAGACACAUCAGGAGACAUUCAUCUUUGAAGGGACAGAACUGGUCCUCAAACCAUCCUGCUUUGUGGCUAUUACCAUGAAUCCAGGUUAUGCUGGUCGAUCUGAGCUUCCUGACAAUCUUAAGGUUCUUUUCCGUACUGUAGCCAUGAUGGUUCCAGAUUAUGCCAUGAUUGGAGAGAUCAUGCUCUAUUCCUAUGGCUUUGUGGAUGCUAGGAACCUCUCGGUCAAGAUUGUUACAACCUACCGUCUCUGCUCUGAACAGCUUUCUUCACAGUUCCAUUAUGAUUAUGGCAUGCGUGCUGUCAAAGCUGUGUUGGCUGCUGCUGGCAAUCUCAAACUCAAAUUCCCAGAUGAGAAUGAAGAUAUUUUGCUCCUUCGAUCCAUCAUGGAUGUGAACCUGCCCAAGUUCUUGUCUCAUGACAUUCCAUUGUUUGAAGGUAUCAUCUCAGAUCUCUUCCCUGGUAUCACAUUACCUAAAGCUGAUUAUAAACUCUUCAUGGAGGCAGUACAUGAGAUCUGUGAGAAACGUAACCUUCAACCAGUUGAUAACUUCCUUGAGAAACUCAUCCAGACAUAUGAGAUGAUGAUAGUCAGGCAUGGUUUCAUGCUUGUGGGGGAGCCUUUUGCUGGCAAGACCCAGGUGCUUCAUGUCUUAGCUGAUGUCCUGACUUUAUUGAAUGAGAGGGGUCUGAAUGAAGAGGAGAAGGUCCUUUUCCGAACAGUCAACCCUAAGGCUGUCACCAUGGGUCAACUCUUUGGUCAGUUUGAUCCAGUUUCUCAUGAGUGGACAGAUGGAAUUGUUGCCAACACAUUCCGUGAGUUUGCAUCGACAGACACUCCUGAUCGUAAGUGGGUUAUAUUUGAUGGUCCUAUCGAUACAUUGUGGAUUGAGAGUAUGAAUACUGUACUGGAUGAUAAUAAGAAACUAUGUCUGAUGAGUGGAGAAAUCAUUCAGAUGUCACCACCAAUGAGUCUCAUCUUUGAAGCAAUGGAUCUCUCACAAGCUUCACCUGCCACUGUUAGCCGCUGUGGUAUGAUCUACCUGGAGCCUUCUAACUUGGGUUGGCGACCUGUCUUCAAAUCUUGGUGUAAUGAACUUCCAGAAGAACUCCUUAAGGAACUACCCCUUGUGCAGGCUCUCUUCAACUGGCUUGUUGAACCAUGUAUUGACUAUGUCAGGAGAAACUGCAAAGAAUAUGUUGCAACCAGCAUCAACAAUAUGGCUCGUUCUCUGAUGUACUUAGUCAGAAUGUUCAUGGAUGACAACUUACCAAACUGUGACCCAAAGAAUCUCAAAUCAUGGCUCGUUAACACAUUUCUCUUCUCAAUCAUCUGGUCAGUUGGAUGUACAACAGACAACGAUGGUCGUGCAAAGUUUGAUACCUACCUUAGGGAUAUCAUUACAGGCAAAUCAGAAGAUCACCCUAUCCCAGGGGAGGUUGGAAAACUGGAUGUACCCCUCCCUCCUGAAGGCAUGGUCUAUGACUAUCUCUUUGAGUACAAGGCCAGAGGGAAGUGGACCCAUUGGAAUGACACAAUACGCAAUUCAACAGUUGGUGAAGGCAAGAAGGUCCAAGAGAUCAUUGUUCCUACAAUGGACACUGCUCGCUACACAUAUCUUAUGGAUAUUGCAGUUAGGCAUGAGAGGGCAAUCAUGUUUGUAGGUCCUACAGGAACUGGUAAAAGCGUGUAUGUCAAGGAAAAGUUGAUGAAUAACCUGUCCAAGGAUGAAUAUGUGCCAAUGUUUAUCAAUUUCUCAGCUCAGACAAGUGCAAAUCAAACUCAGGACAUUAUCAUGUCUAAGCUUGAUAAAAGGCGUAAGGGUGUGUUUGGACCACCAAUGGGGAAAAAGUCAGUCAUCUUUGUAGAUGAUUUAAACAUGCCUGCUAGAGAGGUGUACGGUGCUCAACCUCCUAUUGAGUUACUAAGACAGUACUUUGACCACAAGAACUGGUACGACAAGAAAGACACCACUAAGAUCAGUUUGAUUGACAUCCAGUUCUUGACUGCCAUGGGUCCUCCUGGUGGAGGUCGUAACCCCAUCACACCUAGAUUCCUUCGCCACUUCAAUGUCAUUGGUAUUGUACCUUUCAACGAUGAAACUAUGCAAAGAAUAUUCUCUACCAUUGUUAGUUAUUAUAUGAAGGCUAAUGAGUUUCCACCAGAGUUGUUUACCAGUGGAACCAUGGUUGUUCAGGGCACCAUGGAGGUCUACAAACAAGCCAUGGACAACCUUCUUCCUACUCCAGCCAAGUCUCAUUACACUUUCAACCUUCGUGACUUUGCUCGUGUCAUCAAUGGUGUCCUCCUUAUCAAGAAGAAGGCAGUAGAGAGCAAGAGGACGCUCACCAGACUCUGGGUUCAUGAAGUCUUCCGUGUCUUCUACGAUCGUCUAAUUGAUGAUCAGGACAGAGAAUGGCUGUUCCAAUUGUGCAAAACUCUUGUUCGAGAUAUUUUCAAGGAUAGCUUCGAGGCCGUGUUUGAGCAUCUAGACCCAGACCACCGAGGUAUCAAGCAAGACAACAUGCGUUCUCUUAUGUUUGGUGAUUACAUGAACCCUGAGGCUGAUGAUGAAGAUAAGAUGUAUGAAGAGGUGAUGUCUCUUGAGGAGUUCAACAAGGUUGUAGACUUUCAGCUUGAUGAAUACAACCAAAUGCAUAAGAAUGGAAUGAAUCUGGUUAUCUUCAGGUAUGUUCUUGAGCACUUGUCACGCAUUAGUCGUAUCUUGAAGCAGCCAGGAGGCAAUGCUAUGUUGGUAGGUGUAGGUGGUAGUGGUCGUCAAUCAUUGACCCGUCUCGCUGCUCACAUGGCUGGCUUCAGUCUCUUCCAACCUGAAAUCUCCAAGAGUUAUGGCAUGAAUGAAUGGAGAGAUGAUCUCAAGAAUCUUUUGAAGAAUGCUGGAGCAUUCGGGAAACCUACAGCUUUCCUCAUCACAGAUACUCAAAUCAAGGAAGAAUCUUUCCUGGAAGAUAUUGAUAACCUUCUCAAUGCAGGUGAAGUGCCUAAUCUUUAUCCUCCAGAUGAAAAGGCAGAACUGUUAGAGGCCGUGAGACCAGCAGCUCAAGCAGGUGAUAAGAAUGCAGACUUCAGUCCACUGGCUCUCUUUGCCUUCUUUGUCAACCGCUGUAGGGAGAAUCUCCAUAUCAUCAUUGCCUUCUCACCCAUUGGAGACACCUUCAGGAAUCGUCUGAGGCAGUUCCCAUCCCUCAUCAAUUGCUGUACCAUCGACUGGUUCCAGGCAUGGCCAGAGGAUGCCUUGGAAAGGGUAGCCAACAAAUUUCUGGAAACAGUUGAGAUGGAGGAUGAUGAGAGAGGCAGUGUUGUCAACAUCUGCAAGCAUUUCCAUACAAGUGCUCGAAACCUUUCAGAAAAGUUCUUUUCUGAUUUGGGGCGACACAACUAUGUAACACCAACCUCAUACCUAGAGCUGAUCUCGGCCUUUAAGACCUUGCUUGGUAAGAAACGUGAUGAGACAGCCAAGGCUAAGCGCCGUUACGUUGUGGGUCUUGAGAAACUCAAAUUUGCUGAGAAACAGGUUGGUGAGAUGCAGGUAGAACUGGUAGAACUACAACCCAAGCUUGUGGUGGCUUCAGAAGAAAAUGAGAAAAUGAUGAAGGUGAUAGAGAAGGAGUCUGUAGAAGUGAUGGCUACCAGUGAGGUGGUGAAACGUGAUGAAGCGUCAGCUAAUGAGCAAGCUGCUGCUGCUCAAGCUCUCAAGAAUGAAUGUGAGAGUGAUCUAGCUGAAGCUAUCCCAGCCUUGGAAGCUGCUCUAGCUGCUCUCAACACACUCAAGCCUGCUGACAUUGCUGUAGUAAAGACGAUGAAGAAUCCCCCUGCUGGUGUGAAGCUUGUGAUGUCUGCUGUUUGUGUUAUGAAAGACAUCAAACCUGAGAAGAUUGCAGACCCUGCAGGUACUGGUGGAAAGAUCCUAGACUACUGGGGACCUUCUAAGAAACUUGUAGGAGACAUGAACUUCCUCAACAUGCUCAAGACUUAUGACAAGGACAAUAUCCCAGUGGCAACGAUGAAGAAGAUCCGCAGUGAAUACAUGACCAACCCUGAGUUUGAUCCUGCUAAGGUUGCCAAAGCUUCUUCUGCUGCUGAAGGCUUGUGUAAGUGGGUAACUGCUAUGGAGGUCUAUGACAGGGUGGCCAAGGUUGUUGCUCCAAAGAAAGAGAAGCUGAAGGAAGCAGAGGAGUCUUUAGCAACCACUAUGUCAAUCCUGAAUGCCAAACGAGCUGAGCUGAAGGCCGUUGAAGAACGUCUGCAGGCUCUCAAAGAUCAGUUCCAGGAGAUGACAGACAAAAAGGACCAAUUGGAGAAGCAAGUAGACCUUUGUGCUAAAAAACUAGAGAGAGCAGAAAAGCUCAUUGGUGGACUUGGUGGAGAGAAGGAAAGGUGGACAUUAGCAGCUGCCAAUUUGCAGAGCAUUUAUGACAACUUGAUUGGUGAUGUUUUAAUAUCAUCUGGUGUCAUUGCCUACCUUGGAGCCUUCACUUCAUCAUAUAGACAAGCUUGUACUACAGACUGGACUAAGCAAUGCACGGAGAAGAAUAUUCCAUGUUCAAAUGAAUUUUCAUUGAGUAACACUUUAGGAGAACCCAUAAAGAUCAGAGCCUGGAACAUUGCUGGUCUCCCUACAGACAACUUCUCAAUUGAUAAUGGUGUAAUUGUUGACAAUGCCAGACGAUGGCCCCUUAUGAUUGAUCCACAAGGUCAAGCCAAUAAGUGGGUGAAGAACUCUGAGAAAGAUAACAAACUAUCUGUCAUCAAGUUGACUGACGGUGACUAUAUGAGGACACUUGAAAAUUGUAUACAGUUUGGCACUCCUUUGCUUCUUGAGAAUGUUGCUGAGGAACUUGAUCCUUCACUAGAGCCAUUGUUACUCAAGCAAACCUUCAAACAGGGAGGUGUUGAUUGCAUCAAGCUUGGAGAGAGCGUUAUAGAGUAUUCUCAAGACUUUCGAUUCUACAUCACAACUAAGCUACGCAACCCUCACUACCUACCUGAACUCUCUGUCAAGGUCUCACUUCUCAAUUUCAUGAUUACCCAGGAUGGUUUAGAAGAUCAACUCCUUGGAAUUGCGGUUGCUAAAGAAAGACCUGAGCUAGAGGAGGAACGACAGGCUUUGAUCCUCCAGAGUGCAGCAAACAAGAAACAGCUCAAGGAGAUUGAAGAUAAGAUCUUGGAAACCUUGUCAUCUUCAGAAGGCAACAUCCUAGAAGAUGAAAGUGCCAUCCUUGUCUUAGACUCAUCUAAAGUUUUAUCAGAUGAGAUCUCUAAGAAACAGAAGGUUGCUGAGGAAACAGAAAAGAAAUUGAACGAAUCAAGAGCAGGCUACCGUCCUAUUGCCAAACAUUCUAGCGUUCUUUUCUUCUCGAUCGCUGACUUGCCUAACAUUGAUCCCAUGUAUCAAUACUCACUCACUUGGUUUGUCAAUCUCUACAUCAAUUCCAUUCAAGACAGCAAUAAGUCCAAGAUUUUGGAACGUCGUCUGCGUUACCUGUCUGACCACUUCACCUAUAAUCUAUACUGCAAUGUAUGUCGUUCAUUAUUUGAGAAGGAUAAGCUCCUCUUCUCUUAUCUUCUCUGCAUCAAUAUUCUUCUGGCUGCUCCGGAUACAGAUAAAAAGGAGAUGGAUCAAACGGAGUCCAUGUUUUUCUUAACUGGAGGAGUAGGUCUGGAAAACAAACUUGAGAACCCAGACCCAUCAUGGCUUUCAGAUAAAAGUUGGGAUGAGCUUUGUAGAAUGUGUGACAUGCCAGCAUUCAAGGGAUUUAGGGAUAAUUUCCAGGACAAUGUAGGAGAAUGGAAGACCUUCUAUGAGAGUAAGGAACCCCAUCGUGAGUCACUUCCAGCACCAUGGCAAGACAAACUUACAGACUUCCAAAGAGCUAUUGUUGUUAGGUGCCUUAGACCAGAUAAGGUUCUACCGCUAGUUACAGAUUUUGUAAUCAGCAAGCUUGGUCAGAAGUUUGUCCAACCACCACCUUUUGACCUUGCUAAGAGUUUUACAGACUCCCAUGCCUGUGCUCCUCUCAUCUUUGUUCUCUCACCUGGAGCUGAUCCAAUGGCAGCUCUUCUCAAGUUUGCUGGAGAUAAAGGAUUCAGUGGAGAGAAAUUUAAUGCUAUCUCACUUGGACAAGGACAGGGUCCUGUAGCUGCAGCUCUAAUUGCUACAGCUAUCAAGGAAGGUACAUGGGUUGUACUUCAGAAUUGUCAUCUUGCCGUCUCCUGGAUGCCUGCCCUUGAAAAACUUUGUGAGGAAUUCAGUCCAGAAAAUGUCAACCCUGAAUUCAGGCUUUGGCUCACGAGUUAUCCAUCAGACAAAUUUCCAGUGACUGUUCUUCAGAAUGGUGUUAAGAUGACCAAUGAACCUCCUACUGGUCUUAGGAUGAAUCUUUUACAGUCAUACAUUAGUGAUCCUAUCAGUGACCCAGAAUUCUUUGCAUCAUGUCCAGGAAAAGAACUGAUCUGGGAGAAGCUUCUAUUUGGUCUUUGUUUCUUCCAUGCUCUGGUUCAAGAAAGAAGAAAGUUUGGUCCACUAGGAUGGAAUAUUGCCUAUGGUUUCAACGAGUCUGACCUUCGGAUCAGCAUCAGGCAAUUACAGAUGUUUGUGAAUGACUAUGAAGAGGUUCAGUAUGCUGCUAUUUCCUAUCUGACUGGAGAGUGUAACUAUGGUGGUAGAGUGACUCAAGAAUGGGAUCGACGCUGUCUUCUCACCAUCCUGGCUGAUUUCUACACUCCUGAUAUCAUUAGUGAUCCUAAGUACAAGUUUUCACCAAGUGGAGACUACCAUUCACCUCCUAAGGGAACCUACGAGAGCUACAUUGAGUUCAUCAAGUCCUUACCAGUCACCCAGGUUCCUGAAGUCUUUGGUAUGCAUGACAAUGUAGACAUAUCCAAAUCUCUUCAAGAGACCAGACUUCUCUUUGAUAACAUCCUUCUUACUAUGGGAGGUAAGGGUAUGGGAGGAAGCAGUGGCUCAACUGAUAACAUCUUAUCAGACAUCGCAAAAGACAUUGUCUCCAAGCUUCCAUCAAACUUUGAUCUGGAGGCAGGCUUGAACAAGUAUCCAGUUACAUACAAUGAAAGUAUGAACACCGUCUUAGUGCAAGAGAUGGAAAGAUUUAACAACUUGCUGAUAACAAUCCGAAGUAGUCUGCUCAAUCUUCAGAAGGCUAUAAAAGGAUUGGUUGUUAUGUCCUCUGAUCUAGAGGGUGUUGCUCACAAUCUUCUUAUUGGCAAAGUACCAGAGAUGUGGGCCAAACGUUCCUAUCCAAGUCUGAAGCCUCUCGGUAGUUACAUCAAUGAUUUCCUAGCCAGGUUGAAGUUCCUGCAGGAUUGGUACGAUGAUGGCAAACCUAUGGUCUUCUGGUUGUCUGGAUUCUUCUUCACUCAAGCUUUCUUGACAGGAGCAAUGCAGAACUAUGCUAGGAAGUAUACCAUACCCAUUGACAAGUGUGGCUUCCAGUUUGAGGUGUUACCAUCAGAGACAGCUGAUAAAGCCCCUGAAGAUGGUGUUUAUGUAAAUGGACUCUUCUUGGAUGGUGCUAGAUGGGACAGGAAACGAGGAAUGCUUGGAGAGUCAUUACCUAAGGUUCUGUUUGACUCUGUACCAAUCAUCUGGAUUAAACCAGGCAUAAAAGCAGAGUUCAAGUCUAAAGGUGACUACAUCAGCCCUCUGUACAAGACUAGUGAGAGGAGAGGUACCUUGUCGACCACCGGUCAUUCUACCAACUUUGUCCUUGCCAUUCAUCUUCCUACUGACCGUCCGGUAGAACAUUGGAUUAAGAGGGGCGUUGCCCUACUUUGUGGGUUGGAUGACUGAGUACAUCAGAGGUUUUAUCGUUCACUUGCUUCUUUAGAGUUAUAUGCAGGGUGAUAAAGAUAUUAUAUGCAGACCUGCCAACUCUCCUGGUUUUUAAAUUU